GCAGAGCUGUGUUGCCAGGGCUGUGUCACACAUGGAGUCACCACGAGAGGGAGGGACUUAGGCUGCAGGACAAUGCUGGUGUUUGUGCAACGGCCCCUGAGUGGCGGCUGGCUCUCUCAGAUCGCUCUCGCUUCACUACCAUUGCUGCAAGCAUUGUUGAAGUGAAAGGAAAGUGGACAGCUUGAUCCUGUCUGUGGGAUGCACCGGCAGAGGCAGUGGGAGAGACAUUUGGUUUUGGUGUAAUAUACAACAUAGCAAAAAAGCUGGCCAGGAGAUCAAACAUCAGUGAUUUUGCCAUAAAAAAGCUAAAAUCAUCCACUCCUGCCGUACCAAGGAGGAGAAGAAGAAGGCGGCCAAUUGCUGCCGCAUUAACAGAAGCAGUGAUCAGCUUUUGUGGCGUGGGUGGGCAGGUGAGCUUUUAGCUGUGGUGACAACUUUGGUUCUCUGCGCUAAAGUGUGGGAGGGAAGAGGAAGAGGAAAGGGAAGACGAAUAGGAGGGGUACGUGGAGGAGGAGGAGGAGGAGGAGGAGGAGAGGAGGAGUAGUGGGCCUGGAGCCCAAACACAAGCAGGAUGGCGGAGAAGCAAGUUAGCAGCCUCCCUGCUAAGCUGAUUAAUGGGGGCAUCGCAGGCCUGGUUGGUGUGACAUGUGUGUUUCCUAUUGACCUGGCUAAGACCCGCCUGCAGAACCAGCAGGGCGUCCAAGUCUACGAAGGAAUCUGUGAGUCAGAGAGGGAAAUUAGAUUCCACAGAGCUGCUCCUACAGUUGUGUACGAGCAGUUCAGGGUUCAUCCCAUGUUUAUCUCUUUUAGAGAUGUCCCUUUCUCAAUGAUCUACUUCCCGCUGUUUGCCAACCUAAACGCGCUGGGCCGUGAAAAACUGGGUGAUGUGCAGGCCCGGGCGCCAUUCUGGCAGUCGUUUAUGGCAGGCUGCGGCGCAGGCUCUGUGGCAGCUGUGGCUGUUACACCACUGGAUGUCAUCAAGACUCGUCUGCAGACCUUGCAAAAAGGGGCGGGCGAGGACACGUACAAAGGAAUUGUUGACUGCACGCAGCGCAUCAUGAUGCGGGAGGGCCCAUCAGCAUUCCUGAAGGGUGCAACAUGUCGUGCUUUGGUCAUCGCUCCCCUGUUUGGCAUUGCGCAGGGCGUCUACUUUCUCGGGGUAGGGGAGAAGCUGCUAGAUUUGCUGGGAUAGCAUUGCUUUGCAUUGGAGGUGGAGGUUUUGUUGUCUCUGCGACAAAUGAAUGACACAACUGAGUGAAAGGUGAAUACAGAAAGAGAGAAAAUACGGCCACCAUCUGCUAAUCAAAGGACGAGGAAUGGUCUACAAUAUGAAGAGGCUCUUUUUACUAAUAUGUGGACCCAAGGGUUCACUCUAAUCAUGUUUCUCUAGGAUCUUACAUGCUGUCAAAGGGGUUCCGUAGGUUAAACAGGGACCUGUGUAUGUGUGUGACUAAUCGGAGGGUAUGUGUCCCAAAGUGUCGGGGUUUAUCCCUGUGUUCUUGCCGCAAUAUGUCUGGAGCUGUUUCUUUCACCUGAGAGAGACUAUUCUGUCGGGAUAAGAGGCUGCUGCAUGUUGUUCGAGGCUGCUAACUUAAUUGCCUACUAAUCUGAUCGUUUAUAAAGGUCAGGACGGAGAAAGCAUUCUAUGCAAGUGACAAUUCUCAUUUCAAUCUUUAUCAAAAGUCAUGGCUGUUUGUUGUCAGUGGCUAAUUUGACGUUAAAUGCCAAUCAUUUGGAUUUCCAUGUGUUUUCUCUGGAAAGGGAGCUUAAUCUCCUUCAGCCUAGCUUGUUACGCGUCCCUCACACUCCAUCCGUGAGGUCGGAGUUGUAAUCUUGCAUUCCCUCAGUGGAUUGGGAGGUGCUGGCUGCCAGAAACACUAAGGUAACUUGUUAAUCUGAUGGUAAUGCUUUAAUCCUGUGCAUUAGCGUACAAUAUGACCCUAACUCACAGCUCACUUCCUGCCUAAAGGUCACAGGUUAGACUGCCACUGUCUAGUAUAGCCUUCUUCUUCUCUACACAGUGUGGAAGUAGGGUUGGAACGGUCUCAUGGUUUACCUUUGUAUGAAAAGUGACGGUUAUUAUGCAAGGUGCAUUUGCUUAUCUACAGUGUCAAGGAAACAAACUGACAAUAGGGUGAGUAAAAUUUAAAGACAGGGGCAGCCUGACUGUGCUCUCGCUCACCAACAAUGCUAAAUUGUUUAUUAUAAUAACAAUAGGACAUAUAUUUUAUAAGCAAACAGAUGAUGCUAUCUUUUAUUUGGUAGUUGCUUUAACAUGCUAUAGUGCAGCUAACAUGCUUUAGAAAACAUAGUAAUAUGCUAUUUUUGUUAAAAGGUUCGUAAUUCCGUUUAUCGUUAUAAAUCUGUACUGCAACUGAUGAUUACAAUAAUAAUAAUAUGAUGGUGUUACACUUUUUUUUUCUCUCUUUUUUUUCUAUACCGUUGCAACCCUACUAGAAGGGAUUUAGAUAAAACAUGCAAGAAUCCUGGAGCUCAUUUUGCUACACGUUAAAAUACAUUGCUUCAAAUAACGUGUACACAAACACUAAAAUAAAAUGCAAUUAAAGCCUUAUCACUGCUGUACGUUUCUAAAGCAUCAGAACUGUAAGUCUUAAAUGGAUUCGGUGGGAUUGGUGGUGCUGAAACAUUGAUUUGGUCCAAUUUAGCGAGGAUAAUUCUUUCUGUUAGACCCACUGAGGGAGUAUGGCACGUUGUGUUGCCAACUGCUUGCCAUUCCGUAAGUCCACUGGGUGGCACUAAAAGCUUUUUCCUUUUUUUUUUGUAUUACAUUUUUAAUGCAAGGCACAAUUUGAUUUCGCUAGUAUACCUAGGCUACUACAUUUUCCUCAUUGUAGAGUGAACUUUGCCUGAGUAAAAUGUUUGUUUACAAGCUGUAAAUAAAGAUAUCUCAUACAUG